GUCAGCAAGCUCUGAAUUUCUGUUUCUUGGGCUUAACUUUGUGGCUUCCUCAGGAGGUCAGGACUAGACAUCUACUCACCUGAACACGGAAAAAGACAGCCACAUUCACACGGCUGCAUGAUGGCUCAAUCAAUGCUGUUCAUCGUCCUCUUCACAGGUGCAGCCGCACUCAGCGUCCUGCAGGACCCUCCAUCUCUUGACCUGCAGGAGGGUCAGACGGCCCUGAUGUUCUGUACCUUAGGAGAGCCGCAGAGCAACUGGGAUUCAGUAUAUUUUUCCUGGAGAGUGAAUUCCACCGCAAUCCAUCCCAGCUCCAGAGUGACCAUCACCUCCGGCCCCCGCUCCCUGUCCAGCUCUCUCCGCAUCUCCCCGGUCACAGCCAGGGACAGCGGGCUGUAUGAGUGUGAAAUAUGGGGAAUGAAUAAUUACAUAGUGGGGGAGCCUUACACUGGGAACGGCACUCGUCUCCUUGUCGCAGCGUACCCGGUAAUAACCCUGAUGAUGGAUAAAGAGAAGCAGCUCCUGAUCUGUGAGGCUCAGAGGUUUUACCCCCCGGAGCUGAACAUUUCCUGGAGUUUCUCCAACAUGGAAAAUCAGACGCAGGACACUCUGGUGGAGAACGCGGACGGCACCUACACCAAGAGGUCCACGGUGGGGAUAGCAGAUAUAAUGCGGGAGCGAGAGGUGACCUGCAGCCUGCAGCACAUCUCACUGACCGCUCCGCUCAAUGACACCCUGUAUGUGUCCGGUGCAGCCGCACUCAGGGUCCUGCAGGACCCUCCAUCUCUUGACCUGCGGGAGGGACAGACGGCCCUGAUGUUCUGUACCUUAGGAGGGCCGCAGAGAGACUGGGAUUCAGUAUAUUUUUACUGGAAAGUGAAUUCCACCGGAAUCCACCCCAGCUCCAGAGUGACCAUCACCUCCGGCCCCCGCUCCCUGUCCAGCUCUCUCCGCAUCUCCCCGGUCACAGCCAGGGACAGCGGGCUGUAUGAGUGUGAAAUACGGGCUCUGCAAAAUCACAUUCAAGAGUCCCGUACAGGGAACGGAACCCGACUCCUUGUCGCAGCGUUCCCGGUAAUAACCCUGAUGAUGGAUAAAGAGAAGCAGCUCCUGAUCUGUGAGGCUCAGAGGUUUUACCCCCCGGAGCUGAACAUUUCCUGGAGUUUCUCCAACAUGGAAAAUCAGACGCAGGACACUCUGGUGGAGAACGCGGACGGCACCUACACCAAGAGCUCCACGGUGGGGAUAGCAGAUAUAAUGCGGGAGCGAGAGGUGACCUGCAGCCUGCAGCACAUCUCACUGACCGCUCCGCUCAAUGACACCCUGUAUGUGUCCGGAAAGUUUUGGGUGCAGACAGAAACCCCGAUCUACACAGAGAGAGGGACACGUCUUCCUGUCACGGCGUUCCCGGUAAUAACCCUGAUGAUGGAUAAAGAGAAGCAGCUCCUGAUCUGUGAGGCUCAGAGGUUUUACCCCCCGGAGCUGAACAUUUCCUGGAGUUUCUCCAACACGAAAAAUCAGACGCAGGACACUCUGGUGGAGAACGCGGACGGCACCUACACCAAGAGGUCCACGGUGGGGAUAGCAGAUAUAAUGCGGGAGCGAGAGGUGACCUGCAGCCUGCAGCACAUCUCACUGACCGCUCCGCUCAAUGAGACCCUGUACGUGUCCGCCCACGGGUCGUCUCUGUAUCAGCAGCUGUUUCCAGUGAGAAUUUUGCUGACUCUGAUCCUCGUACUGAGUCCGUGUAUCUGCAACCUCUACAUUCACUGCGCCAUGUAACGGAGGACACGAUAUCCAAUGUCGGGAGCGCUUCACACGGAAAACCUUCCAUAACAGCCCCUCUUAUCAAUAAACAUUUCCUAAAUGCUUCCUCUCCCUGCCUUGUCUCACACCUCUUUUUCAUAUCUUUUGAU